AUGUCUUCCGAUAAGCCCCUGCCGUUCAUAUACCAGUUUGCCGCCGGCGCUGUCGCCGGUGUGUCUGAAAUUCUGGUCAUGUACCCGCUGGACGUCGUCAAGACCAGAGUACAGCUGCAGACCGGCAAGGGAGUCGGUGCGGACUCUUACAAUGGCAUGUUCGACUGCUUCCAGAAGAUUAUCCGACAUGAGGGUUUCUCCCGGCUGUACCGCGGCAUCACCGCCCCGAUCCUGAUGGAGGCGCCCAAGCGAGCCACCAAGUUCGCAGCCAACGACGAGUGGGGCAAGUUCUACCGCAAGGCCUUCGGCGCCGAAAAGAUGACCCAGCCGCUGUCAGUCCUGACGGGCGCCACCGCCGGCGCGACCGAGUCCUUCGUGGUCGUCCCCUUCGAGCUCGUCAAGAUCCGCCUGCAGGACAAGGCCAACGCGAGCAAGUACAACGGCAUGCUGGACGUGGUCGCCAAGACGGUCAAGCAGGAGGGCGUGCUCGCCAUGUACCAGGGCCUCGAGAGCACCCUGUGGAGGCACAUCCUGUGGAACGCGGGCUACUUCGGCUGCAUCUUCCAGGUCCGCCAGCUGCUCCCCAAGGCGAAGGAUAAGUCGGGCCAGAUGGUCAACGACAUCAUGGCCGGAACCGUCGGCGGCACUGUCGGCACGAUCCUCAACACGCCCCUCGACGUCGUCAAGUCGCGCAUCCAGAACGCCGUCAAGGUCCCCGGCGUCACCCCCAAGUACAACUGGGCCUUCCCGGCCGUCGGAACGGUGCUGAAGGAGGAGGGUUUCGCGGCCCUGUACAAGGGUUUCCUGCCCAAGGUGCUGAGGUUAGGACCGGGAGGUGGAAUUCUUCUCGUGGUCUUCCAGGGCGUCACGGACUUCUUCAGGAAGCUUCAAAAAGACUAA